AUGACCAUUUAUAUGUAUUCGACGGGCUUCGAGCAAUGCUAUAAGUUGAGAGUGGCAUUGAACUUCAACCCUUUGGACGACAGAGAUGGGAUACUGAUAUACUGUUCCCAAAGCGACGAGGGACUAGGAGACUUUGUGGCACUUACUGUCAAAAACAGACGCAUUGAAUUUCGGUAUGACAUUGGUUCUGGUGUAGCAAUCAUCAAAUCAAAUCACAUCCUUCAACCUGGGGUCUGGACACACGUGUCAAUAACCAGAGACUAUAAAGAAGGCAAUUUAACAGUAAACGGAGAACCUACUGUAACAGGUAAAUCCCCAGGACCCUCUCGCACAAUGAUACUUAAUACACCCCUGUACAUUGGAGGAGUUGAUCGCAGAAGAAUCAUAGUGAAUAGAAAUGUUAGCGUGAAUCAUGCCUUUCGUGGUUGCAUCAGUGAUUUGGGAGUGUCUUCUUUGAACGUGGACAUAUUGAAGUCAGCGAUAGACUCAGCAAACAUAGAUGACUGCAACGUGUUACAUCCUAAUCAAACUAAGUUGACCCCUAUUGUCACUAUUCCACCAUCCACCACUACACCCUAUGACCCAUGUGCCUCAAAUCCAUGCAUUCAUGGAGCGUGCCAGAGCACUGACUUCUACGACUACUCCUGCACCUGCGAAUACGGCUAUGUGGGUAGAAAUUGUGAGAAUAUUCUGAAACAAUGCGAGCUGCUUUUACCCUGCAGAAACGGUGGAACGUGCACGGAUCUUCAUGGAUCGUACAAGUGCGAUUGUCGACUGGGUUACAAUGGACAGAACUGUGAAAAAUUGGCAGAAAUAACCUAUGAUGUUACAUUUAGAGGAGACGGUUGGUUGGAAUUGGAUAGGUCUGUGAUGACACAUGAAGAGGAGCGUGAAGUCUUAGGCUUUGAGAUUUCAACGAAUAAGACUCAGGGAUUGAUCAUGUGGCAUGGACAGACACCGAACGAUCUGAAUCCUGAUCAUUAUAUGUCUCUUGCAGUGGUGGAUGGUUAUGUAGAGUAUCAGUACAACUUGGGCACUGGUCCAGUGGUGAUUCGUGUCACAGCUCAAAAGGUAGACGAUGGAGAGAGACAUAGAAUAAUCCUUAAGCGACAGGGUAGCGAUGGUAGUAUCGAAUUAAAUGGUGAACACAUGGAGAGCGGUUCCAGCUAUGGAACGCAGCAGGAUUUGAAUACCAGGGGCAGCGUUUAUCUGGGUGGAGUGCCUGAUUAUGCCAUGACUUAUGGGAAAUAUCAAGAGGGAUUCUCUGGUUGUAUAUACACCAUGGAGGUACAAGAUUCUGGAGCAAUUGACAUUGGGGAAAAAGCCAUCAGGGGAAAGAAUGUUUCUCCGUGCACCAGAAAUUUGGAUGAGAAACUUCCAACGCGUGGAGAUCUUGGAACGUUUUAUUAAUAAGUUUCCCUAGCUAAUCAUAAACGGUGUGGAGUUCUUCUGAAAAUGCUAACUCGAAUGGUAAUUAUUGCCCACGAUGUGAAAGUACCGCGUUAAAUACAUAUGUAAGCAGUUUUAUAUUUGUAGAUAUACAAAAUGUAUUCCCAACAACAUGAUACAAACACCAUUGAUAUUAACGUUUUAUAACCGAGUCAACUACAUUUUAUACGACUUCGUUUUUACAGUGUAUAAAAAAAAGAAAACAAUACUGAUUUCAUUUAUAUAGAACAAUCAUUUUCUGGGACGUGUAUUCUUUAUCAAUCGUUUGGUUCAAUUUCUUCUUUUCAUGUUAACUGCCAUCAAACACUGAGGCGACUGCAGAGGGAUACAAUACUGUUAUAUCAAAUCAUAUAUAAGUUCUCACUGCCAUUGUUUCAUUUGUUAGACUCGUAAUUUUUCUAAUCUUCAAACUGAAUAAAAAUACUUUAGUAGCUUAAUCUAGUCAUAAUUGCUUUGAUGAUAAAAA